AUGGCGGGAUGCUCUAACGGUGUCCAAUCCAAAUGCAAAGAAAUAAAUUCUAAAAUAUUCUAUGUUCAUUGUCAUGCACAUUGCCUAAACUUAGUAUUGGUAGAUUCGAUUGGCCGAAAGAAUCGAAUAGUUUUUGAUUUCUUUGGUACAAUACAAUUUUUGUACUCAUUUAUAGAAGGUAGUUGUAUUCGACACGCUACAUUAGAAAAAGUAGCCAAAGAAAUAAAUUUAACUCUUAAAACUUUAGAAUCUAUUUCUACAACUCGAUGGGCGAGUCGAUUUGAAGCUGUCGCCGCAGUAAAAAAUAAUUAUUUGGCCAUUAUCUCUGCAAUCCAAAAUAUCUGCGACACGACUAAAAUUCCAGAUGUCAGAUCAAAGUCAAGAGRUUUACUGAUGCAAUUGCAAACAUUUGAAUUCAUUUUUGCACUAAAUAUGCUACAUCCUCUUUUAUUACUCAUUGUUAAAGUUAAUUCAUGUCUCCAAGCUGAGGAUUUAGAUCUAUUAAAUUCUUUAAAUAUGAUCAAAUCACUAAAACUGAGCAUAUCUCAAUUAAGAUCAGAUGAUAACUUAUUUAAAAAAAUUUAUAAUGAUACAGUUGAGUGUUGUACAGAAACUGGAGUGAACAUUCCUCAAGUAAAAAAAAGAAAAAUCUCUUCAAAAAUUGAUCAAUCGGAAAAUCAAUAUUUUGCAUGUACGAAAGAAGAAGAGAUGAAAGUUACGAGUUUUAAUGUUGUUUUAGAUGACUUGUUAAAUGGUUUGAAUGAUCGUUUUUAUCAGGAAACAUUAAAACUUAUACUUGCUGUUACGAAUUUAUUAAAACUUGAGCCAUCUCAAGAAKAUUUAUUGUAUUUGAAUAAUGUAUUUGGAAUCGAUAGUGAGCAAAUUCAAGUUGAAAUUAUGUUACUUAAAAAUAUACCUAAUAUACCAUCUGGAACCACUUCUAAAACACUUCAUCAAUGGAUUGAUUUUCUAAAUUCAAAUAAUAGAACUUGUAUUUUUCUUCACUUCCAUAAAGUAAUAGUACUUUUUACCACUAUUCCGGUAACAACUUGUUCAUGCGAACGUGCAUUUUCUAAGCUGACAAUUGUAAAAACAAAACUCCGCAGUACCAUGACUCAAGAAAGACUUGACGCUUUAAUGUUUCUAUUCAUAGAAUAA